CCCGCCCCGUGGGGUCAACGGCGAGGCCACACCGGGCCUUCUGACAACGCUGGCGGAGCCUGGGAAGGGGGCGGGGCUGCCGGCGGAAGUGACGUCGCGAGGGCGGGGCGGGCCCGCACAAUGGGCCAUGGAGUUCCCUUUCGAUGUGGACGCGCUGCUCCCGGAGCGGAUCACGGUGCUGGACCAGCACCUUCGGCCUCCGGCCCGCCGACCCGGAACCACAACGCCAGCCCGCGUUGAUCUGCAGCAGCAAAUUAUGACCAUUGUUGAUGAACUGGGCAAGGCUUCUGCUAAGGCCCAGCAUCUUCCUGCUCCAAUCACCAGUGCAUCCAGGAUGCAGAGUAACCGCCAUGUGAUCUAUGUGCUCAAAGACACUUCCGCCCGACCGGCUGGGAAAGGCGCUAUUGUUGGUUUCCUCAAAGUUGGAUACAAGAAACUCUUUGUACUGGAUGACCGUGAGGCUCACAAUGAGGUAGAACCGCUGUGUAUCCUGGACUUCUACAUACACGAGUCGCUGCAGCGCCAUGGCCAUGGGCGAGAACUCUUCCAGUACAUGCUGCAGAAGGAACGGGUUGAACCACACCAGCUGGCCAUUGACCGGCCCUCACAGAAGCUGCUGAAGUUCUUGAAUAAGCACUACAACCUGGAGACCACAGUCCCACAGGUGAACAACUUUGUGAUCUUUGAAGGCUUCUUCGCGCAUCAGCACCCGCCAGCACGGAAGCUGCCACCCAAGAGGGCCGAGGGCGACAUCAAGCCAUACUCCUCCAGUGACCGCGAAUUUCUGAAGGUGGCUGUGGAGCCCCCAUGGCCCCUAAACAGGGCCCCACGCCGCGCCACCCCCACAGCGCACCCACCACCGCGCUCCAGCAGCCUAGGGAGCUCACCAGAGCGGGGCCCUCUGCGCCCCUUUGUGCCCGAGCAGGAGCUAUUGCGCUCUCUGCGCCUCUGCCCCCCACACCCGACUGCCCGCCUGCUGCUGGCCACCGACCCCGGGGGCAGCCCCGCACAACGCCGCAGGACCAGCUCCCUUCCCCGCUCUGAAGAAAGCCGAUACUGAGGCCACCCUGAAGCCCCAAGCGCUCAGACCCUGCCCCCUUGCAUCUUCCAAGCCUAGUGGAACCCAUGGGCGCCGGUGGGGGUUCCUCUGCCCUUUGGGGGUAGCUGUGUUGUGGUCCAUUGGGCCUGAUCCUGCUGCCUCCCCCGCACCUUGGCUCAGAUAUGUUGCUGCGCCUGUGCCGGCCCUGUACUCAGCCGGUGGGAGCAGCCCAGGCAUGCUCACCCUCAGCCUAGCCAUCAGAGGGUGCAGCCUCCUUGUGGGGACCCAUUCUGAGUCCUGUCUUGGGGUCCUGUUCUCUGCUGCCGAUACCUGGAUAGGGAUUCAGUAGCUCCCCAUGGGAUCCACUCCGUGUGACCACACUCUUAGUCCUCUCUGUGGUGUGCAUCAAGGAGCCCCACACUUCACUCCCGUGGCUCUGGGGUCUCUGGGGAGAUCCACUGACGUCACCACUUCUGCCUUCUCCAGACUCUAAAGGAGUCUGGGUUCCAGCAGUGGAGCCCAGCAAAUACUUGGGUCACUCAGCCAUGUCUCCAGGUGUCUUCUGUUGGAUCCCAGGCGCCCUGGCACCUGUCCCUCCUUGGUGGCUGUGUGCAUCCUGUCUGGUGAGCUGUGGGAGUGGGGCAGGGAGCAAGCUCGCCCUGCUGUGCCCUCUGUUCCUCCACGGCUGGAGCCACCCAGUGCCAGCCCAGGCGCCCCACACCCAGUGUCCUUGGGAGCGGGCUCUCCCUCUGUCCCCACCUGUGCCUCCCUUUCCUCCUUCCUCUCAAUGUUGUCCAAAUAAAGUGAACUUUUCUGUGUUUUCUAAA